UGCUUAUAUUUUCCUUUGCUAUCUAGGGAAUGGUGGGUAUUUCUUCUUUUUCUUUCGUUCUUUCUUUGCUUGUUUCAAGAAGAUUGUACCUCUUUGGCGAUUGCCAAUCUGAUUUCGUAUACUUAGAAGUAGGAGUGGAGAGAAGGCAAUGAGGAAGCCUUGCUGUGAUAAGCAAGACACAAAUAAAGGGGCAUGGUCGAAGCAAGAAGAUGAGAAGCUCAUAAAUUACAUUCGAAAACACGGUGAAGGUUGUUGGCGUACUCUUCCCCGGGCUGCAGGGCUCCUUCGCUGUGGUAAAAGUUGUAGGCUGAGAUGGAUAAACUAUCUAAGGCCUGACCUUAAAAGAGGCAACUUUGCUGAAGACGAAGAGGAUCUCAUUAUCAAGCUUCAUGCACUCUUGGGCAACCGGUGGUCCUUGAUAGCUGGAAGAUUGCCUGGAAGAACCGACAAUGAAGUGAAGAAUUACUGGAACUCUCAUUUAAAAAGGAAGCUUAUAAACAAGGGUAUCGAUCCAAAUAACCAUCGGUUAAUCAACCACAAUGUGCUUCCUCGAGCUGAAAGUCCACGUAAUUCCACUAGUACUAGUGCAACAUCAUCUAGUUCAAAAGUCCCAGCAGCUACCAAUAAUAUUAAUCCAACAGUGAAAUCCCGAUGUGACAAUGAUCAAAUUUCUGAUGCUGCAAGUUGCAUGGAGGAUGAGCCAUGCAAUCAGCUCCCUGAUCUGAACCUAGAUCUCACCAUCAGUAUUUCAUCUCCUUCCAUUGCUAAACUUGAAAAUCAGGAACAAAACCACAAACAGCCCAACAUAUCGAGGGACCUAGAAUUGAUCUCCCCAUCUCCCACACUUGUUCUCUUUCGAUAGUCAGUUUGCUUCUCCAAAGGAAGAUAAUAGACAAAAACCCUUAACUUGGCUUGGGUAUUAUAUACUGAUGAUGAAUUGGAUUCAGGUGUAGAUCAUCUAAAUAUUAGUCAUUGGCACUCCCGUUUGUGGAAAACCCAAGAAAAAGGGUGAGGAAAGGGAUUACUUGACAAAGGGGAUCCUUAGAUAAUCAGCCCAAAAAGGAGGGGAAAACUAGAUACUCUUCAACAUACUUAAAUCUGAAUCCAUUGCUGCUAAGAAUACCUAAAAUUUACUAGGUGGUGCAUAAAUCACCGAUCAAGCCAAGUACAUUGUAAUUCAUUAUUGUUAAUUAGUUGUACAAUUAAAAUCCACUGGAUCAACAUACAUGUAGCAAUAAUUAAGCGGCAUAAAUAUAUGCAUGCCUUUAAUCUGAUAGAACUGAAAACGUGAUUUUUUUUUUUUUAAUUUCUUGUUCUCAAUGGCUCCUCCUUGUAUUGGAUUUGAUGCUAUUUACUGAAUAGGCAUGGCUUAAUUUGUUUCGUUAUAACAAAUACAUAUUGUAUCCAUCCUACAAGCUGAUAAAUACUGACUAAUUGUCUCUUCAAAGAAUAAA